CUCAGCAUCGCCCGGACGGACGCGGGACGGACUUUCCUAUUGAGGAACGUCACCCGCCGCAAAAGAAUGACCGAAUUCUUGACCUUUAAUUUUAAUGGAACAAGAAACAACAGUCUUCAUUCUGCUGUUGAGACUUAAUGCGUUCGUUCGCUCCCUUUUGCGGAGUGUGAAGGUUUGGAAGUGGAACGAUUGUCGGGGGAUGCGGUUGUUGGGGACCGGGGGGGGGGAUAUUUCAUUGGGACGCAGGAAAACCUGGAGCUGGAUUCCUUCCGAUCUCCGAUAUUAAUCCGGAUUCACGUGUUAAAUCCCGUUGAAAAUGGUCCUGAACCAACGCGGCGAUGCUUCGGGAAACAAACAGUGACCAGAAGACGUGCUAUUAGUUCGUGCUGCCUUGAAAUAAUCCAAGAUCCGGAUCCUCGGUCUUCUGCGAAACCCGGAGCGCGGUGUGAGGGAUCGGGAGUCGGAGCUCGGCCGGCGCCAGCGGCAGUGCGGCCGCUCCCCCCUCUCCCCCCUCCUGUCCGCCCGGAGCCCCGCCAGCCUUCGGCCCUCACCACACGGACCGCACCGGCCCGGCCUCGGCUCGCAGGCCUGCUCCGGGCCGCAGGACGAUGAGCUCCCUCUGGGCCUUCGUCAAGCGGCACCGCAGGAAAUUCUUGUUCGCCGGAGUCCUGGUGGGAGGUGCAUACCUGUUGGGGAAAUAUGCACAAAAGAAGAUCCGAGAUCUUCAAGAGCGAGAAGCGGCUGAGUACAUCACGCAGGCGCGGCGGCAGUACCAUUUUGAGAGUAACCAGCGAACCUGCAACAUGACAGUGCUCUCGAUGCUGCCCACUUUGAGAGAAGCAAUCAUGCAACAGCUUAAUUCAGAAAGUCUCACAAGUCUGCUAAAAAGCAGACCAGUUAACAAGUUGGAAAUCUGGGAGGACCUCAGGAUAAUAAGUUUCAGCCGGAGCAUCGUAGCCGUGUAUAGUACUUGCAUGCUAGUUGUCCUCUUAAGAGUCCAGCUAAAUAUAAUUGGAGGAUACAUCUACCUGGACAAUGCAGCGGUUGGUAAGAACGGCACGAUGCCAUUAGUCCCUCCUGAGGUGCAGCAACAGUACCUGUCCAGUAUACAGCAUCUUCUUGGAGACGGUUUGAAUGAACUUAUAACGGUGGUGAAGAAAGCUGUACAGAAUGUGAUUGGAAGUUUGUCACUGAAGCAAAGCGUGUCACUGCAGGAGCUGGAGCAAUAUCUGGGUGAAAUCCGGCAGCAGGUGGAACAUCCCAGUGAAUCAGAGGUGACCGUGACCAAGUCCCCGCUGUGUUGGUAUUUAAUCCCCGAUGAAGAAGCCACCUUGUCCUCCCAGGCUUCCAGUUUGACAGAAAAAGAUCUAACCACCCUCAAACUUCUUAAUGAAACCAGGGAUAUGCUGGAAAGUGCAGACUUCAACACCGUUUUAAAUUCCUGUUUGAAUCGAGGAUUUAGCCGACUGCUGGACAACAUGGCGGAGUUCUUCAAGCCCACAGAAGAGGCUGCCACUCAGAAUGGAAGGAUCAACAGCUUAUCCAACGUGAAGCUUCCUCUCGCCAAGAUCAUCCCUAUUAUUAAUGGGCAGAUACAUUCAACCUGCAGCGAGACUCCCAGCCAUUUUGUUCAGGACCUGCUGCUGAUGGACCAGGUAAAGGACUUUGCUGCCAACAUCUACGAAGCAUUCAGCACCCCGCAGCAGCUGGAGAAGUGACUCCUGGUGAGCAAGUGAGGCGCCCGACUUCAACUCUUGCCUGUGACGGCGUGAAGUGUUUGCAAGUGAAAUUCUCUCUAGGAGGCACUGUGCCUCUACUCAACACACAGUCUCUAAUGGCUAGUUGCUGUUAACUUUUACUGAAUCUUUCUGGAAUCAAUCACAUUAAUCUGCCUGUAAAUAUUUUGUACCAGCCUGUUAUUUGUAUCAGUGUACUGUACAUUAUAAGCUGUAUAGAAUGAACCUGGGAUUCCGUGGGUAUGUAUUUUUACUGCCGUGUGUGUGCGAGCAUGUGUGUUCCAGCCUAGAUUGGAAUUGCCUAAAUGUGUGGCGCCUCUUUGCUCUUAUUAUUUUGGUUGCUUUCAAAAAAACUUCUGUUAUGAAUUUAUUGUACAGUAUUAAAAGAACAUAGCACUAAGG